GCAGGGCGGCCGGGCGGACGCUCGCGCCGACGUACGCACGCACGCACGGCGCGGGCGGGCGGGGGAGGAGGCCGAGCCCGGCGCGCCCCGCCCAGUCAGGAGGGCAGCGCGUGCCCGUGCGACCGCCAAGAUGGUGGUGGGCGCGUUCCCUAUGGCGAAGCUGAUGUACCUGGGCAUCCGGCAGGUCAGCAAGCCGCUUGCCAACCGCAUUAAGGACGCGGCCCGCCGAAGCGAGUUCUUCAAGACCUAUAUCUGCCUCCCGCCGGCUCAGCUGUACCACUGGGUGGAGAUGCGGACCAAGAUGCGCAUCAUGGGCUUCCGGGGCACAGCCAUCAAGCCGCUGAACGAGGAGGCGGCAGCCGACCUGGGCGCUGAGCUGCUGGGCGAGGCCACCAUCUUCCUGGUGGGCGGCGGUUGCCUGGUGCUGGAGUACUGGCGCCACCAGGUGCAGCAGCGGAAGAAGGACGAGGAGCAGCGCGCGGCCUGGGACGCCCUGCAGGACGAGGUGGGCCGCCUGGCGCUGGCCGUGGAGGCGCUGCAGGCGCAGGGCUCCCCGCAGGCCGCCCUGGACGAGCUGCGCCACCAGAUGCAGGAGGUGCGGGCCCAGCUGGGCACCCAGGGCACAUGCCCGCGCCGGGCCUAGGACAGGAACUCGGACGUGGCCUCCUCCGUGGCCGGCCAGCUCAUCCCCCACGGCUCCCCCGGACCGUGGCAUGGUGUGUGUCACCCCCGCUGACCUGUGCCCUCCUACAGAGAACAGCCCACCGCAGGGGUGCUUGUCUCAAGCCCCCCAGUAUCGAUGUUCGUGUGCCUCUCUCCACUCCUCACCCCAAACCCUGGGGCCCUGGCAGCAGGACAUCCGGCCGGAGGAACAGCAGCACCCAGACUCGAGCCAGGUCCCUGUGGACCCCUCUGCGCCCUGGGACCAGUGCUCCCUUCCUUGGGGCGCUAUCCCUGAGCUCCCUCAGUCCCACAGGCUCACACAGGCCCUGUUCAGGGGCAUUUUCUCGCCCUCCGCGUCCAGGGGUGCCCCACUGGGCCUCCCAGUUCCUCAGAGGGGACAGAAUCUGGGUUCGUCAUCGACCCACUGUGAAACCCACACAGUGUUUCCCCUUCCCCUUCCGGGCGUCUCUGGAAACCUGCCCCUGAGGCCGUGCCCAGGCCCCAGCAAGACCUGCGUGCUCAACCUGGGCAGGGGGCGUGGGAGUGCCCGGUGGACCCCACUCUGCUGGGAGGCGUGAUUCUGCCCAGAGCCCUCAGCUCUGUCUUUCCCCGUUUCCCCGCGCCUGGAGUGAGCCCCUGGGCCUUUCCUGACGUCCUUCCCGCAGGACUUCUCUCGGGUAUGGCCUGCCCCCCAGAGCCCCCUUCACAUGGGAGCUCCACCCCCACCACCUUCUUAGUUCUUUUCCUGCAGCUGUGGUCACAGACAAGGAUUUACUCUCCAUUCCCCUCGGGUAUUCCAGAGGCUCCAACUUGGGGGGUCCUCAGGACUCUGCUUCUCGGCAGAUUCUGGGGGCGUCUGAAUCCACCAGUUGCUGGGGGCAGGGGCCUCUCGACUCUCCUCCAUCCCUGCCCAAAUCUUGGACUUUAGGGCUGCCCUCAGGCUCGACGGCACCCGCCCAUCAACCCCCAAAGACCCUUUCUUGAAUGACCUCAUGGGUGCUGGGGGUUAGGAUGUGGACGUCCCUUUGUAGGGGACCGCUGCUUAGACAUCUAACACCCCCCAGCUCUCCCCCAGAAGGGUCACAGCCAGUGAGGAACAGGGUGGGUGGAGGCCCCCAGCUUAUCCUUGGUGUAGGGUGCGUGGGGCGGAGGGAGACUCUCGCGGAAGGAGUGGGCCUGCAUGGAAGCCCAGAGAGCACUGCAGAGAACUGGGGAGUCCCCAGGCCCCCAGGACAUGUGGAGGAGAGUGUGUUCUCAUCACCUCACUUCCCCAGGACAGUCCAAGGGGUCAUGUGUGACUUAACUUCCUGCCCAGACCCAAGCCAGGAGUCUGUGCUUCUGAAGCAGCAUCUUCUGCCCUCCCAGAAGGCAAAGAGGUGUUAAGGGGGGUCCUGGCUGGGGUACCUGGAGGUGACCUAGGAGCAUCAGGAGAGCUGAGCCAGCAAGCAUGCACAGCGUGUCCGCGAGGACCGGGUCCUCCCCCUGGGCCAGCGCUGUCCCCCCCACAUUGCAGGGGUAAAUAGUGAUCCUUAUCAAUCAUGUUGACAUUUUUCUGACUGGUUUGAGGAAGUGAACCCGGAGCCUCGUGCAAAUUAAGUGCUCACCGCUGAACCCCGUGACUAGCGGGGAUGAUGACAGAACGGAGGGCCUUACUGGGUGCUGCCUUGGUGCUGGGCACUGUUCUAAGUGUUCUAAGUGCUCCCAGGUACCCCAGACAUUUUCUUCCGUUUGUCAGUGAGGAAACUGAGGUACGAAGAGGAAAAUCCAAAGGCCCAAGGCCACCAGCAGGAAGGAGAUUUCGCGGACGGUGCUCCUGAGCCAGGGCCCAUACCCCCAGACCCAACUCAGCACUGCCCUCAUGGCUGCUGGAACUCAGACCUGCUGCCCCGCGUGUGGCCAGUGUUUGGGGAGAGAAGUGGAAUGAGAAUCCCCUCCCCCAGGGCACAAAAUCAUUGGGUGGUUCCAUGCUCUGGUGCCCUCGAGCUGAAAGAUUUGUGACUGGGGAGAGGGUUAGAAUAAAUUUG